CCCGUUACGAGCAGCAGGCCGAAGGGCGAUGGCUGAUGAAGGAUCUUCGGAGAGCGAGGUGGACAUUGAGCUCUGGGAGGCUGAGGAUGAGAAGGACCAAUCCGUUGAUGAGAAGGAUCCUCCAACAAGCAAGGAGGAAAUGAGCGCAUCCAGUUCAAAUUCUGCCCCGUUGGACCCGGAGGAGGUGGAUAAGAUGCUGGACUCCAACUACUCCAUGAUCUUGCAACUCGUCAGGCUGCGUUAUGGCUCGAUUGGUUGCAACCCGCCCCCGUCGAGCUUGAUGAAUCCAAGAUUGGCGCAGGCCACUCGCUCCCUUGUCCGCCAGUCCGCGGACUCUGAAAGGAAAUGAUGCAGAUUCCAGUUGCGGAUUAAUUGUACCCUUUUAUAAGCUAUUGUGUUAUUCUUGAAAAGAGUUCUCUCUGUUGUCCUGAGAAACGUGCAAAUUCAUCUCC